GGCGCCGCCGCACGGCCCGGGGAAGCCGCGCGUCACGGGGCGGCCGCGCGUCAUCAGGCGGCGGCGGCUCCUGCCGGGCUCGGCACCACCUCCGUCCCUGUCCCGGCGGCUCCGGCAACCCCGAGGUGAGGCCGGGCCGGCCCCGCAGAGCCGCGGGCCCGAGGGAGCGACCCCCGCUCCCGGGGCCCGAGUGGUUCGUGUCCGCAGCCGCGGGGUUCGAGGGGGAGCGCUGCAGCCCCGAGGGUGUAAGGGGCAGGGAAAGCUCGGCUCCAGCGGAGGGCGGCGAGGAUGAUUGGGAGAGUGGAGCAUCUCUCGUAGGAGCAAAGGCUGCGGGAGCUGGGCCUGAUUGGCUUCGAGAAGAGACGGCAGAGAGGGGACCUCAGUAAUGAGUAUAAUUAUCUAAUAGAAGAGUGCCAGAAGGAUGGACCAGGCUGUGCCCACUGUUUCAGAACUCUGGAACAGGAGGCAAUGGGCAGAAGCUGAUGCACAGAAGUUCCCCCUGACUAUAAGGAAGAAGUUCUUCACAGCCGUGGCUGUGCAUGGAACAGAUUGCCGAGAGAGGCUGAGGAUUGUCCCUCAGUGAGGGUAUUCCAGAACCAUCUGGACGUGAUCCAUGUGUUCUGGGAUGACCCUUCUUGAGCAGGGAGCUGGGGCCAGAUGACUCCCUGUGGUCCCAUUGAACCUCACCCAUCCUGGGGUUUGGUGAGCCCCUGCAGAGCUGAAUGGCUGGGGGCUGAGCUUAGCCUUUGGUGUUUCUCUUCACAGGGCCACAAAGAGCAAGCUCAGCUGAAAAACAUCAGGAGGCUGAUGCAGAAGCACCAACUGUUCAUGCUGUUGAGAUGUCCUGUAUUCCACUGUUAAUGGAAUGUUCCAGCUCUGAGGUACAGGGAGCUGCAGAAACAAGGAAUAAUGAUGCUACCUCCAGAUUUUUGGUUUCUCUUUCUGAUGGUAAUGAAAGCAAAGAGUCAAAAUCUGUUCAAAGAAAGAGAGUGCUUCCAUCUUGGAUGCUGGAAAGAGAUCUGGUGGUGCAGAGGGUUUCCAGGCCUGUUAUGACAGGAGGUAGUAGAAAGAAAAAAGGCCAAGGAAGGGGAGAAGGUCAUACAGAGUCAUUAAAAUCAGAAGUACAUGUACAGCCGAAAAAAAUAUUAGCUUCUGAAGAAACUACAGAGGAUUUUGAAGGUGGAGAGCGAGAUCAAGGGAAAAGGAGCUGCCUUUCUAUCCCUGUUCCUUCAUCUCAGAAUACAUCUGGAUUUCCUCUUGAGACUACCAUGAGAGAGAUGGAAGGAAGUGGCAAGAUUGGAACAAAGAACCCUGGAAAUUCUCUGGAAAAAAAUGAUAGGCAGCUGCAUGGCAAGUGGUCUAAAAGAGUAGGUCAGAUUUCCAGUAAAGACAACAGAACUGAGGAAAGAGAAAACAAAGAGCACGUUGCUGGUUCUACAAGCCAACAAGCUCACUGGGACAGGACUUCACAAUAUCUUGGUGCCCAGGAAGGGAUUCUUGAACCUGAUGCAAAUCUGGACUACAACACUGAGAUUUCUGAUUCAGCCAGAAGUGCAGAUGCUUCAGAAAGCUCCAGACAGGUACAGCAUAAGAGGAUACCUUGCAAGUAUGGAAGUGGCUGUUACAGGAAGAAUCCCAUUCACUUCCAGCAGUUCAGUCAUCCUAAUGAUGAUGACUAUCACAACACGGAGAUGGUGGCUCAGGAUGACGAUGACAGCCGGCCCGAGUGUCCAUAUGGAACAGCUUGUUAUAGGAAGAACCCCCAGCACAAGCUAGAAUACAAGCACAGUGCACCUCCAGUAGCUGGAAGAGGAACACGGCAACGAGCUUCAAGCAAUGGAAAAAGGGCUGUGAAGAAGGAUGGUGUCAAUGAUGGUGAAGCCAACGACUGUGACCUCAAUGACCGUUUUACAGAUGAGGAGGAGGAGGAGUGUGAACCUACUGAUGAAGACUCGGACUGGGAACCAAGUUCAGAAGAAAAGGAUAACGAAGAUGUUGACACACUUGUGCAAGAAACACGUAGAUUUGUUAGGAUCAAAAAAUAGCUGCUGAGAACAGCCUUAUAGAUGUCCAGUGUGGUUGAGUUAAAACAUGGUUGUACAAAGGAGAGGAAUUGUUUGAAAUUUUUUUUGUCCAUGAUGUAGGCAGUACAGGAAGAUAAUAAUUGGGUGAGAGGAUUCUGCAAUGCCUUUCUUAUCCAUGUGUAUUAUUUGGGGUUUUGGGGCUGGUGUGGUGUUUAUUUUAUUAAGUUGUGGACCCAGAGGAUAAAGCUCUGAAAAUUUUCA